ACACCAGUUAGCUGGACAUCGUUAGAUAUGGUAAGUAAGACUUCAAGACUCAGUACUCCGUCAUGCCUAAAGAAAUCCGGGAUAUCAAGCAGUUCAUCGAGAUUGCGCGGCGGAAGGAUGCUUCCCAGGCCCGUAUAAAAAAAAUCGCCGCAAAAUCUGCAUCCGGAAAGGUGCAAACUAAGUUCAAAGUGCGGUGUUCACGAUACUUGUACACCCUUUCGGUGGACGACCCAGAGAAGGCUGAGAAACUCAAGCAGAGCUUGCCCCCAGGCUUGAGCGUGGUAGAGCUCGGCGCAACACCGAAGAAGAAGUGACGACGUUCUUUCAUCUCACACUUCUAGCAUGAUGUAUGCGUUGCAUUGGAGGGGCACCGAUCGAUCUAUGCAUCACCGACCUACAUAUGAUGAAUAUGCAUGCAGGUCACACGUACUUGUCUUAUUAUGCGAACAAAGACAGAUAGCUUUCGCCUCGCUUGACUUAUACAGCCUUUGAUUCAUACACUCAUCCAUUCUAUGAUACCCAGCAUGACGCAUGUGCCAAGAAGCGUGCAUGUACC